UUGCAAUGGGGAUGGCCAAUGAGGAGUCGCCAAAUUAUCAGGUGAAAAAAGGCGGCCGGAUUCCUCCACGUAAGGACCAAAUCCAUCCACAGAUCGCCCCGCUCUCCUCGAUCGAUCAUAAUAUGAUCUCGCAAUGGCCCCCCUACCUUUCCCUCAUCCCCAACUUGCCCUGUCUUCUUCUUCUUCUUCUUCUUGUACCUAUAUUAUUACAAGUCAUCGAUCUCGCUGAUCGAUCAGUGAUCACAAGCAUUUCACAACCCUAGCUAGCUGAGCUGAUCGAGCUCAAGUGACCUCACCUGCUAUAGCUAACUUACUAGCUAGCUCUAGCUAGUUGUUGUUUGUAGCUCGAUCGAGUUUGAUUUAUCCGUUCAUGUCGAUGGGACCAGCAGCCGGAGAAGGAUGUGGCCUGUGCGGCGCCGACGGUGGCGGCUGUUGCUCCCGCCAUCGCCACGAUGAUGAUGGAUUCCCCUUCGUCUUCCCGCCGAGUGCGUGCCAGGGGAUCGGCGCCCCGGCGCCACCGGUGCACGAGUUCCAGUUCUUCGGCAACGACGGCGGCGGCGACGACGGCGAGAGCGUGGCCUGGCUGUUCGAUGACUACCCGCCGCCGUCGCCCGUUGCUGCCGCCGCCGGGAUGCAUCAUCGGCAGCCGCCGUACGACGGCGUCGUGGCGCCGCCGUCGCUGUUCAGGAGGAACACCGGCGCCGGCGGGCUCACGUUCGACGUCUCCCUCGGCGAACGGCCCGACCUGGACGCCGGGCUCGGCCUCGGCGGCGGCGGCGGCCGGCACGCCGAGGCCGCGGCCAGCGCCACCAUCAUGUCAUAUUGUGGGAGCACGUUCACUGACGCAGCGAGCUCGAUGCCCAAGGAGAUGGUGGCCGCCAUGGCCGAUGAUGGGGAGAGCUUGAACCCAAACACGGUGGUUGGCGCAAUGGUGGAGAGGGAGGCCAAGCUGAUGAGGUACAAGGAGAAGAGGAAGAAGAGGUGCUACGAGAAGCAAAUCCGGUACGCGUCCAGAAAAGCCUAUGCCGAGAUGAGGCCCCGAGUGAGAGGUCGCUUCGCCAAAGAACCUGAUCAGGAAGCUGUCGCACCGCCAUCCACCUAUGUCGAUCCUAGUAGGCUUGAGCUUGGACAAUGGUUCAGAUAGAUAAUUACAGUGCGUAUAUACCACUGACUA